AAGGUGCAAUAGAUUGAGCCAACUCUUUCUCUCUCUAUAAGUUCUUCACUUCUGAAUCUCCACUCUCCUUCAACAUCACAAAAAAGGAAGAAAGAAGGUUGGAGGCGACAUGGAGAAGACAACGAGUUCAUUAGCUCUAGCGAGGACGAAAUCCGAUCAACUUUUGGAGAAGGUGGCAGCAGCAUUCAAGUCUCCGACGUCGAGCAGCGAGGUGAACGGUGGGGUGGUGGGGGAGAGUGGCAGCACAACCCUCUCGAGGAAGUCGAGUAGGCAGACGUUGACAGCUCCUUCACCAGGGCGUGGCAGUGGCAGCGGUGCUCGAAAUACACACAUCAGGAAGUCCAGGAGUGCACAGCUGAAGCUGGAUUUGGAUGAUUUGGGCAGUGGUGCAGCUUUGAGUAGAGCUUCAAGUGCUAGCUUGGGUUUGUCAUUCUCCUUCAAUGGCUUCACUUUGCCACCUGAUGAAAUUGCAGAUUUUAAGCCAUUCAGUGAUGAAGAUAUACAGGAUGUAGAAGCAGGAACAGGCAAGACCAAAUUUCAAACAGAACCAACCAUGCCCAUUCAGCUCAAGUUCACGGAUGUUACUUAUAAAGUAAUCAUAAAAGGAUUGCGGACAAAUGUGGAGAAGGAGAUUUUGAAUGGUAUUACCGGUUUAGUAAACCCUGGUGAAGUUCUGGCCUUAAUGGGACCUUCAGGAAGUGGCAAGACAACAUUGCUCAAUCUGCUUGGAGGACGGCUCAUACGGUCUACAGUUGGUGGUUCGAUUACGUACAAUGAUCAGCCAUACAAUAAGUUCCUGAAAAGCAGGGUAGGAUUCGUGAUGCAGGAGGACGUUCUGUUUCCCCACUUGACGGUGAAAGAAACAUUGAGAUAUGCAGCUUUGCUUCGACUGCCAAAAACAUUGACAAAAGAGCAGAAGGAAAAGCGUGCGGUCGAUGUCAUAUAUGAGCUGGGCCUUGAAAGGUGCCAGGAUACAAUGAUUGGUGGCUCCUUUGUCCGUGGAGUUUCAGGUGGAGAAAGGCGUCGAGUCUCUAUAGGCAAUGAGAUUCUAAUCAAUCCGUCACUGCUGUUUCUUGACGAACCGACCUCGGGCUUGGAUUCUACAACUGCAUUGAAAAUUGUUCAGAUUUUACAUGAGAUAGCUGAAGCGGGGAAGACCGUGGUGACAACGAUUCAUCAACCAUCAAGCAGACUAUUUCAUAAAUUUGACAAGCUAAUUCUUCUUGGAAAGGGAAGCUUGAUCUAUUAUGGCAAAGCAGCUGAAGCAAUAAACUAUUUCUCAUCUAUAGGAUGUUCCCCACUAAUUGCAAUGAAUCCUGCUGAGUUCUUGCUGGAUCUUGCAAAUGGUAACCUGAAUGAUGUGUCUGUUCCAUCAGAGCUAGAGGAUAAGGUGCAAAUAGAGAAUUCUGAGGCUGACAGUACACAGGAUAAGCCUUUACCAGUUCUUGUGCAAGAGUAUCUGGUGGAGGCUUACGAGACGAGAAUUGCAGAAACAGAAAAGAGGAAGAUGUUGGUACCUCUGACGCUCGACGAAGAGCUGAAAUCGAAGGUAACAUAUUCGAAAAGGCAAUGGGGAGCGAGCUGGUGGGAACAAUACUCGAUUCUGUUCCGGAGAGGAAUCAAAGAAAGACGUCAUGAAUACUUCAGCUGGCUGAGAAUCACUCAAGUUCUUGCCACCGCCAUAAUUUUAGGAUUACUGUGGUGGCAUUCGGAUAGCAGCACUCCGAAAGGCUUGCAAGAUCAGGCAGGAUUAUUGUUCUUCAUAGCAGUGUUCUGGGGGUUCUUCCCUGUGUUCACAGCAAUAUUCACAUUUCCUCAAGAAAGAGCAAUGCUGAGCAAAGAAAGAGCAGCUGAUAUGUAUAGAUUGAGUGCUUACUUUUUGGCAAGAACCACUAGUGAUCUUCCUCUUGAUCUCUUGUUGCCUAUACUUUUCCUUCUCGUUGUCUACUUCAUGGCAGGCCUAAGGCUUAGUGCUGCUCCUUUCUUCCUCACCAUGGUCACUGUCUUCCUCUCCAUUGUGGCUGCUCAGGGGCUUGGUUUGGCCAUUGGAGCUUCACUCAUGGACGUCAAGAAGGCCACGACUUUCGCCUCCGUCACCGUCAUGACCUUCAUGCUUGCUGGUGGAUUCUUCGUACAGCAAGUUCCAGUGUUUGUAUCUUGGAUCCGCUUUUUGUCAUUCAACUAUCACACGUACAAGCUCCUUCUAAAGGUGCAGUACAAUAACAUCAUACCUGCCGUGAACGGUAUGAGAAUGGACAAUGGAGUAGUUGAGAUUACUGCACUAGUCGCCAUGGUUUUCGGGUAUCGUCUCCUGGCUUACAUUUCGUUGAGGAGGAUGAGGCUUCACUCAGGAAGUUAAUAUAACAGAAACGCGUGAUUCGCUACAAGAACAUUCAGAGAAUUGGUUUACUUGAGCUUGUAUUUGAGUUGCAAGGUCUAACAAGUAGUAAGAAUCUCCAUUUUGGAAACUUUAUUGGUAUUGUACUCCUAAAAGAAGGAAACUUACCCUCCGAAACGGGUGAUAGCAUCGAAGGAAAAAUGAACACGUUACUGUCGGUUUGGCUUGCUCAUGGAGGUGCUUUUCACUUCAGCAUCUAGCUAGAACAGUUGCAUCCAAAUAUAGCCUGAAACAGUAGAGUUUAGUUCUCAAUCCAUGAUCAUAGAAUGUUGGAAGAAGUUUUCAUUUUCUUUCUAAUAAGAGAAACAUUCUGUUCAAAUGUUC